AUGGCGGCCAUGGGAGACACCAGCAAGAUCAAGAUGAUCAUGCUAAAGACCUCAGAUGGCGAUGAGUUUGAGGUCGAGGAGGCGGUCGCCAUGGAGUCGCUGACCAUCCGCCACAUGAUCGAGAAUGAGUGCGCCGACAACGAAAUCACAAUCCCCAACGUUGAUUCCAAGAUCCUCUCCAAGGUCAUCGAGUACUGCUACAUGCACGUCCACGCCAAGCCAUGCGCUACCGUCGGUGGAGCCACCUGUGCCGUUGCGUCUGAUACCACGGCUCACGCCACCCUACCCGAGGACCUCAAGAACUGGGACGCAGAGUUCCUCAAGGUCAACCCGACCGUCCUCUACGACAUCAUCCUGGCUGCAUGCCAUCUUAACCUCGAGGGACUGGUGGACCUAAUAUCCCAGACUAUGACUGACAUGAUCAAGGGAAAAACUACGGAGGAGAUCCGCAAGAUGUUCAACCUGAAGAAUGACUUCAUGCUCGAGGAGUAG